GUCUUUUUCUCUUCCUUUUUUUUGUUUUUAUUUUAACAGAACUAAAUUGCCAAGCGUACGAAAAAUUGACAGGCACACUCCAACUUUUGAUUAAACACAUUUUGUUUUAUAGAUUCCUUCCUCUCGGUUCGCUUUAAUUGCACUUUGACAAAAUUUCCAAUUUGCUGCCAGUUCAAUAGAUAUAGAUUCCCAAUCGCAAAACUCAAAUGCAACCACGUCGACAGCGCCCCAACGCGGAUGCUCCACCGACGGCCAAUGCUCUGACGCUGCCCAAGGAUACGAACAGCGGUCAGGAGAUGGAGACGUCACUCGAUCACCACCAAAUGGAAGGCAGUUGCAGCAGCAGCGGCGGCGUCAGCAUCGAUUGCGAUAAACCCGCCGAGACGGCAACCCGAGAGUUUUUGGUCUCCCUGCUCGAAUGUCCCGUCUGCUUCAGCUAUAUGAUGCCUCCAAUUAUGCAGUGUUCGCGUGGUCAUCUGAUCUGUUCGCAGUGUCGCAACAAAUUGAACGUCUGCCCCGUCUGUCGAGUGCCCAUGACCAACAUACGCAAUCUGGCCAUGGAGAAGGUGGGCUCCAAGCUGAUAUUUCCCUGCAAGCAUGCCUGCUAUGGCUGUCGCAUGCGUUUGUCCUAUGCAGAUAAGAAAUCCCAUGAAGAGGACUGCGAAUUUCGUCCGUAUUUUUGCCCGUAUCCGGAUGAGAAAUGUGUGUGGCAGGGCGCGCUGAAGGAUGUGUAUAAGCAUUUUGUGAGCACGCAUCAGAAUGUGAUCACGAUGGAGGGCACCGAUAUUAUCUUUUUGGCCACGAACGUAAAUCAAGUGGGAGCACUGGACUGGACCAUGAUACAGUCGUGUCAUGGCCGGCAUUUUCUGCUCUCGCUGGAGAAGGUGCAACUGGGCGAGGGUUGUCAGCAGUAUUUUGCCGCCUGUCGCAUGAUCGGCACUAUGCGCGAUGCAGCCGAUUUUGAUUAUCUCAUCUCGUUGGAGGCCAACAAUCGUACACUUAAAUGGCAGUCUAAGCCACGCUCUAUCCGGGAAAGUUUCGUUACGUACACCAAUGCUGAUUUUUUGGUAUUGAACAAGUCAACGGUGGAGCUCUUCUCGGAAGAUGGCAAUUUGGCGUUGAAUAUCAUUAUCAAAAAGGCCGACAAUGGAGUACAGGAUUGAGCAAAUAGCAAAGUACCGUAAUUCCUCUAGCCAUUGUGUCGAUGGUCCAGUCCAGUCUCUCAAUAGUGUACUUUAUAUUCUCUAUGUCCGCCAAUAUUACGUGGUAAAACUUAUCAUUUGCCAG